AUGGGAAGAGUAAAAUCAUGCAGUGUGUUUUCUCAAAUGGAAAAAACCAUAAACGACGCCGUUUCAAACAGUUUCAUAGGAACAUACUUCAAGUUACAACAAAGAAAAACAUGUUUCACUAAAGAACUCCGUGCCGCAACCGCUACUUUCCUAACAAUGGCUUACAUCAUAACCGUCAACGCCACCAUCAUAACCGCUUCCGGCGGAACAUGCUCCGUCGCCGACUGUUCUCCACCAGCAACACCAGAUUGCACGUUAAAGCCAAAUGCUGGCUACGAAACUUGUCUCGCGAAAACAAAAAACGACCUGGUGGUUGCAACUUCUGUAACCGCCAUGGUUUCUUCUGUCGCUAUGGGCUUAUUAGCGAACCUUCCUUUGGGCCUUGCUCCAGGUAUGGGGCCCAAUGCUUAUCUAGCUUUUAACCUUGUUGGUUAUCAUGGAAGCGGUUCGAUUUCGUAUCGAACCGCGAUUACGGUUGUUUUUGUGGAAGGUUGUGCUUUUCUAUUUGUUUCUGUGUUUGGUUUAAGAGGGAAGCUUGCUAAGCUUAUACCUCAUUCCAUUAGGCUUGCUUGUGCUGCUGGGAUUGGGCUUUUUAUUGCUUUUGUGGGCUUACAGAGUAGCCAAGGUGUUGGGCUUAUUGGGCCUGAUGCUUCUAAUUUGGUUACUAUUACUGCUUGUAAGAGUAUUGACCCGGAAACUGGGGCUUGCUUGGGUGGGAAGUUACAAAGCCCUAAAUUCUGGCUUGGGGUUUUAGGGUUUCUUAUUACAAGCUAUGGUUUGAUGAAGAAUGUUAAGGGUAGUAUGAUUUAUGGGAUACUUUUUGUGACUUUUGUGUCAUGGUUUAGACAUACUGAGGUGACUUAUUUUCCUGAUACAUUAAUUGGGGAUGGGAAUUUUAGUUAUUUUAAGAAAAUUGUUGAUUUUCAUAAGAUUGAAUCAACUGCAUUGGUUUUUAGGUUUAGUGAUUUUAAUAAAAGGGAAGUUUGGGAAGCUUUGGUUACUUUGUUUUAUGUUGAUGUUAUUGCUAUGACGGGAAUAAUGUAUACUAUGGCCGAGAUUGGCGAGUUCGUCGAUGAGAAAGGGAAUUUCGAAGGUGAAUAUAUGGCUUAUAUUGUUGAUGCAGCAGGUACUAUUGUUGGGUCGGCUUUAGGUGUUACAACAACUGCGACAUUUGUUGAAUCAUCGGCUGGGAUGAGGGAAGGUGGUAGGACGGGGUUAACCGCUGUGAUUAUUGGGUUGUUUUUCUUUCUGUCAUUGUUUUUCACUCCUCUUUUGUCGAGUGUUCCCCCGUGGGCUAUAGGUCCUUCGUUGGUGAUGGUCGGGGUGAUGAUGAUGAAAGUUGUGAAGGAUAUUGAUUGGAGUAAUGUGAAGGAGGCGGUUCCGGCUUUUGCUGUAAUGAUUUUAAUGCCUCUGACUUAUUCAAUAGCAAAUGGGAUUGUUGCUGGUAUUGGUCUUUAUGUUGCUCUUAGUCUUUUUGACUAUGCUGCAAGUAUCAUCAAUUGGUUGGGGAAAAUGAGAAGAAUGGUGAUCAAAGAGCAUAACCAAGUGUCGGCCACUGCAACAUGUGUUGACCCAAUAGUGGAAAUUAUUUGA